AUGGAGGCUGUUCGAGAGGCUAUGCACUCCGUUUUCCUGUACUACGCAAUAAAAGCCGGAAUGGACAUGGGUAUCGUGAACGCUGGAGCAUUGCCGGACCUCUUGAUACUGAUUGAAGAUCUUCUGUUCAAUCGUGAUCCAGACGCUACCGAGAAAAUGCUCAUUGUAGCACAGAACAUGAAGAAAGGUGAUAAGAAAAUCGAAAAAUCGGAGGAGUGGCGAGAUCUUUCUGUGGAAGAACGCUUGAAAUACGCUUUAGUCAAGGGCAUUGACUCGCACGUUGUGGAGGACACAGAGGAGGCUCGUCGCAUGACCGACAAAUAUCCGCGUCCACUUAAUGUGAUCGAGCGACCAUUGAUGGAUGGAAUGGCCGUUGUUGGAGAACUCUUUGGUUCUGGAAAAAUGUUCUUGCCACAAGUGAUCAAAUCCGCACGUGUGAUGAAAAAGGCUGUAGCGCACCUUAUACCGUUCAUGGACCAAGAACGUGAGGAGAACAUCAAGAAAUUAGGAUUAUCUGCUGACGAGGUAUGUCCCAUGUUCUUGCUCAGAGGAGAGUCCUAUCUCACUCACUUUAUAUUUCUUGUUCAGAGCCCAUAUCAAGGAACAAUUGUUCUCGCCACGGUCAAAGGAGAUGUUCACGACAUUGGAAAAAAUAUAGUAGCAGUGGUUUUGGGAUGUAACAACUUUAAGGUGGUGGAUCUGGGUGUGAUGACACCCUGCGAGGCAAUAAUCAAAGCUGCUGUUGAAGAGCAAGCUGAUUUCAUAGGUUGCUCGGGCCUCAUAACGCCAUCGCUGGACGAAAUGGUUCAUGUUGCUAAAGAAAUGCAGCGUGAGGAGCGACGACGUCGAAAAACGCACACUGCUGUAAAAAUUGCACCUCGAUAUCAUAAUCCUGUGGUUCACUGUUUGGAUGCCAGUAAAUCUGUAGUGGUGUGUUCAUCUUUGACGGAUAAAACAACAAGAGAUGCCUUCAUUGCUGACCUCAGUGAGGAGUAUGAAGAGGUUCGUCAAGAGCACUACGAGUCGCUGAGGGACCGUCGUUUCACCCCUCUGGGGGUGGCAAGAGCGAAGCGAAUGCUGGUGGACUUUGAAAAAUUUUCCCCAGUAAGACCGUCAUUCCUCGGUCGACGCAAAAUAGUGGACUUCGAUCUUCGCCAGCUACUGCCAUUCAUCGAUUGGAAGCCAUUUUUCGACGUAUGGCAGCUUAGAGGAAAAUAUCCGAAUCGAGCAUAUCCGCGAAUUUUCAAUGACGAUCAAGUGGGUGAGGAAGCAAAGCGUGUUUACGACGAUGCCCAGAAUUGGUUGGGACGGAUUAUAGGCGAAAAGAGGCUCAGGGCAAAUGCGGUGGUAGGCUUCUUUGAGGCAGGCUCAGACGGAGACGACAUUCAGGUGUUUGACGAUGGCCACAAAGUAGCAACACUUUACGGUCUUCGACAGCAAUCUGGGCGUGAACACGACCAACCGCAUAUGUGCAUUAGCGAUUUCAUCAAGCCACUUGAAGACGGUAAG